CACUUUUCUUCUUUCUGCAAAGUUCAGUGUUUUGGUGUCCAGAAAAACCCUGGAAAAAUGAAGAGACUCCCGAGGAGAGAGAAGCUCUAUGACAAACUCCACCGAGGAGUUGUCUGGACAUGCAUGGGACUUACUGUCUACGGAACAUACCUGCUCGGUGUGCGAGUUUACCGAUACUUCACAGUUAUCAAACCGGCCAGGCAGCAAAGGGAGCUAGAGAUGAUCCAGGAAAACGCAACAGCCUCCACAGCGAUGCUCGACAAGAUCCCCGAACUCAAAGGAUGAACCUCCAGCAUCAUCAUCUAGAAAAUCUCCAUCGCAGUAGCUUAAAUUCCGCCGAGAAAUCACCGGAAUGAAAUGUAAAUAAUAAUAAAAACACUUUCCGGCAACCCUUCCGGAAGUCCAGGCAAAAGAAAAUAAAAGGCAUUUUUCGUUGGAAAAUAUAAAUUAAUAUAUUUGU